AAUAAAAUAUAAAUAAUUAGACUAAAUAUCAUUAAUAAACGUGAUUUUCAAUUGCAAUGUAAGACGCAAUUGUACUUAUUGCAGUGUAUUUGUGAUUCAUGAGCAUAUAAAAAAGUGAUUUAACAAAAGAAAAUGUUUUAAAUAAAUAGAGACGAUCAACAAAGCGUGCAAAACAGAGACAAUAAAGAAUUAACAGAGACGAAUAACAGAAGAAAAAGUGUGAAGAUCAGUUGCAGAUACUUUUGACAGCUAAAGAUACUCUUGACAGCUAUAGAUACUUUUAGAGCGUCAGCUACAAAUAUAUUCGCCAUGAGCAUGCCUCAAGUGCGAGGGUGCAGCAAGGGCUGUUAUCCGCUAAUGCUGCUUCUGCUACUCCUGCUGGCCGAUCUGGGCUAUGCCGAGGAGCAUCCGCAUCGCCACGCCCACAAUGGCACAACCAGUGCACCGAAUGGAGUUCAUGCCCGUCGCAAUCAUCAGCAGUCGCAGCGCUUGCAGCAGCUGCAGUGGGCACAGGACGGCAACGGAUUGGACGGGCUGCAGCUAGGCAAUGGCUAUCAUCAUUUGCGGCAUGAGCAACAUUUGCGUGCAGAGCUGGCGGGCAAUGAUCAGAACAGGCAGCCACCUUUGUCAGAUAAACUGAUGCUUGGCGGUCCAGGUGAGCAGCAUCAUUUACGUCAUCACAAUCGGCAUCAUGCUGCCUGGCAGCAGCGCGUCUUUCCCGAGCUGCGACGACAGUCGCUGAUGACAACACCAGCAACGGCAACGGCAGCAGCAACAUCGACCACGAUCGCUCCGGCAACUCAUCUUGUGACAGAUGCACCUUUGCAACAUGUUGCAGUCAAUGAUAGUAACAUUUAUUCCUCCAAGCGCUAUUUCGAUCGCGAUGGCAUUUAUCCCGCCUGGAUGCAGCCGCGUUCAACGCGUGCCCCUAACUGGCGGCAGCAACUCGUUGACAGCGACGAAGAUGACAGCGCAGAUGAGGACGACGAUGAGGAUGAUGAUGAGGACUACGAAGACGAUGAGAUGGAUGACCAAACUGAUCAAGCUGUAAAUGUGGCAGCCGAGUUGGCCAAGCAAAUGCCACGCUACUCCUUCUUCAGUCAACAGCUGCCCGACUUAAGUGCCAGCGACCAGGACUACGACUACGAUCAAGCCGAACCCAAUGUGCCCAACAACAAUAAACAUCCAAAUGUUGCAGCCAAUCAUCCCAAAGCAGCUGCCAAGCGCAACAUUUUCAAUUGGCUCUUCAAGCCCAGCAAGGAGAAGGUGCAGCUGCAACUAAGAACAACUACAACAAAGCCCAAUGCCGAGAGCUUAAGUCAGGAGCAGCUCUUCUCGAAUGAGCAAUGGAACAAGAUCGAGCACGAACAUCAUCUGAAGCAGCAGCAGCAUCAAAAGGAACUACAAGCUUUGCGCGACAGCAACAGAAACAGAAAUGCGCCGCUGAUAAGAAGCCGAGCCGUCGGCAUUGAUAAUGAGAAUGCGGACAACAAUAAUAAUUAUGCACGUAAUCGCAUUGGUAGCCAAACUGCGCACAAGGAGAAAUUGCUGGGCACACCGGAAGCCGUGCUCAAUGCUCGGCGCGAAAGGGAAGAGGCCAAGGCCCUUGCAGCCAAGGCAAAUGCACACAUCGAAGAGGUAUUGAAGGAGAACUCUUGCCACUUGCCACAGAAGCGCUGCAUGAGCGCCGGAAGAGACCCGUCGAAGAUCUACAUGCCCCACUGCACCUUCGUUCAUCGUUGCUCCGAGGACAGCGGCUGCUGCCACAGUCGCACCGAGAUCUGUGCCCCCAAGCGCACCCACAAAGUCGAAAAGUAUUUCUUUGUCAAGGCCCUCAAAGACAAACGAUCCAAGCCGGAAAUGUUGACCUUUGUCAACCACACCGAAUGCCAUUGCAUUGACCGGAGCAACUACUAUGCAGAGGGCAUCAUCUCAAGCAGUGGUGCCGUGGUGCAGCGUGCCACCAUGCUCAACUGCAACUGUCCAGGACACUUUGAGCGCAUCCUGCAGAACGAUGGGCAAUGCCGAUGCGAUUGCUCCUCGAGCAACUACGAUUGCGACUAUCGCAAGCGCGGCAGCGAGCACUUCUCCUUGGAGGAUCGCAAGUGCAUCAAGGAGGGUCGCUGCAAGCCGCCCACCUGCCAGUAUGGGCCCUAUAUGGAGAAGAUAGGACGUUGUCCCAAUUAUCAUGAGCAAACCUCGCAUCCGAUGAACAACUAUAAUGCGGUGGACAUGUCGUAAAUGCGUAGCACGGAACUGGAACCGGAACCGGAACACAAGUAUUAGUAUAAAAACUGUUAUACGAAAUGGAGUUGAACGACGCAGCGAAUGAAUUGACCUUUUCGAAAUCGAUUCAAAGCGAGCUUCGAGUUCGAAAACGAAUGCCGAAGCCUGUCGAAAGAAAAACGAAAGAGAAUUUAGUUGCAUAUCCUAUACAGAACACGAACAUAUAUCCGCUGAUCGAAAUUAGCUCUUAUACAGCACCUUUUUUGCGCCCUAAUUCAGAUCAUCUUCAAUAGCUGUAAAGAUAAAAACGAAAUGAAAAAAAAAAUUAAAUUGACUUUUAAAUUAGCAUUGCAAUUUAGUCGAAAAAAUAUAGAAAAAACUUUGGCAUGCCGAGGUUCAAAUACCCUUGCAGGCAGACGAUCUGAUUGAAUCCGAUAAAAAUCCAAUUUCCUUCUAUUAGAAAAGAUUUAUAGAGACUCUUGCGGGGGUAUCUAGAGCGAUAUCGAUGUGUAGUCGAUGUAUAGUUGAUGCAGAUUAUUAUAAUCUAUUAUAUAUUAGAGAAGAACUCAAUAAUUCUAUUAAUUGUGUGUGAACGAAAA